UGGCAGCCCCCAUUCAAUCGUAGUACAUUCAUAGUAUUAUACUAUUUAUUUAACAUUACAAUACAUAGAUUCUACAUAGGUUACAAAUUACAAGCCUAAGAAUUGGAGUCACUUCAAUUUGAGCUUUACACCCAUUUAUCAAGUCACGAAUUAGAAUCUAAUAACAAAACAAGAUGUCGUCCCCUGAAGUUGAACGUUUUGAAAUGUCAGAUUUUGACUACAACCAAAUAUUUGACCCUACAAGUGCCAGUCGGAGACGUCAGACUAAAAAUCAAGCCACUUAUGGUAUUUGGGCCACCAAUGAAAGUGAUGAAAGUGACUCAGAGACACCUGGGCUAGGGGGAGGUGGUCACAAAAAGAAAGCUCAGAGUAAAGGUGUCGCAGGGGGAAUAAGUUUUAUUAGUGGGGGAUAUAAAGAAGAGGAAGAGAAGCAAAAUAAAUCUUCAAAAGAGCUUGUUGAGGAAUCCUGGAUCAAGAAAAAGAAAGGUUCUGGUAUGGAAGCUCCUAGCCCUAUGCCUCGUUAUGUCAAGGGACACCAGAGGGACAUGGAAAAAGAAUUCGGAGCCUGGGAAAAAUAUACAAAAGGUAUUGGGCAGAAAUUGCUGCUAAAGUUUGGCUACAAACCUGGAGAAGGUCUAGGCAAGUCUGGUCAGGGUAUAACAACUCCUGUUGAAGCUGUCAAGCGUAAAGGUAGAGGAGCCGUAGGUAUUAAUGGGCCUGAGAGAUCAGAGAGGUCUCUGCAAGAUUUUCCUGUAAAAGAUGAAGAGGAGGAGGAAGAAAAAGAGUUCCAGAAACAGCUCUCUCAGUGGAAGAAACAACCACUAGAGGGAAAGAAACAGAAGCCCAAAUAUGUUUACAAAACUGCCCAGGAAGUUCUUGAGACUGGAGGAAAGCGACGUAAGCCAAUCACAGGGAUGGGGCCAAAGGUCAAAGUUAUAGAUAUGACAGGUCGUGAGCAAAGAGUUUUAUCAGGUUAUCAUGCCAUCGGCAAAAGUCACGAUAAACCAGAUGAGGCUGAAGAACUUGUGGAGCAGGAGCCUGUGGUCAAGGAGAGAGCCUUCAGCAUGCCAGAACUGAUGCACAACAUCAACAUACUGGUGGAGAUGGCAGAAGAUGACAUCAUACACAACGACAGAAGACUGAAGUAUGACCGCGACCAAAUUGUGAAUCUGCAGCAUGAGAAAGAUCGUCUGGAAACAGUUGUGAGUCAGGAAGAGCAGCAGCUUAAAAGACUGCAGACUGUCAUGGAUUUGGUCAUUAGCUGUGAGAAUAGAACCAAGCCAGAAUGCCCUGACCCUCUUACACUGGACUCAUGUGCAGAAAUCUUCAAAAUGUUGCAGCAAGAUUAUUACGAAGAGUACAAGAUCUAUGACUUGCCAUCAUUAGCAAUUGCCCUCAUAUUUCCUCUUAUGAAAAGUUUUUUUGCUUGUUGGUUGCCCUUGAGAGAUCCCCAGUAUGGGCUUAUGACAGUCAUAGAAUGGCAGCUACUGCUUGGGGCAGAUGAAAGUGCAAUGGUCAGCAGAGAUAGAGGACAAGAGCAGACAAGCAUGGAUGUCUACCAGAAGCUGAUCUGGGAUGUGUGGCUACCCCCUGUUAGAGCUACUAUAUUGAAAUGGAAUGUUCGUGAAACAGAUGCAAUGAUUUCAUUGCUUGAAGCAUGGAAGCAGGCCCUCCCCCCUUGGAUACUGGAGAACAUCCUUGACCAGCUUGUUCUGCCCAGACUCCUCCAGGAGGUUGAAAACUGGAACCCCCUGACAGACACCACACCCAUACACUGCUGGCUUCACCCCUGGCUACCACUCAUGGGCGAGAAGCUAGAGCCCCUCUAUGCUCCCAUUCGACACAAGAUAGCUAACGCUUUGAUCAACUGGCAUCCUUCUGAUGGUUCAGCAAAGAUUAUUUUAGAACCCUGGUUUGGAGUUUUUCGUCCUGGUCAUAUGAGUGCUUUCCUGGUCAAAAACAUACUUCCCAAGUUAGAGUUAGAAAUUCAAGGGUUGACUAUAAACCCACACCAGCAGUUUUUAGAUCCAUGGAGGUGGGUUAUGUCAUGGAAAGACAUGAUGCCUAUGCAGUCCAUGGUUAAUAUGCUAGAAAAAACAUUUUUCCCAAAGUGGCAUCAGGUGCUGAUUGCCUGGUUGUCAAACAUGCCCAACUAUCAGGAUAUUACCAAGUGGUAUCUUGGGUGGAAAUCCCAGUUUCCAGAAAACUUGAUAGGACAUCCUUUAAUUAAAGAACAGUUCAACAAAGCUCUAGAGAUCAUGAACAGAGCUGUCUCUGGCACUUUUGUGCCUGGCAUCAAAGAAAACAUGGCUUAUUUCACACAUGCUGAAAGAAGGAUCAUGGACUCUAAAGCAGCACCAGUGAUGGAUUCUAGGGUUGAAAAUGAGACCCCAGUGGUAAAGGUUGCAGGAGCUAGUGGAACUGUACCCACAACUUUCAAAGAUCUUGUUGAAAGAAGGGCUGAGCAAGAAGAUUUGUUGUAUAUACCCAUGUCUGGGAAAACACAGGAGGGCAAGCAGGUCUACAGAUUUGGUAAAGCAUCUAUUUACUACGACCACAACGUUGUCUUUAUGCUAGAUGCUAACGGUCGAUGGCUACCCACCUCACUCAACACUUUAGUGGCUGCUGGAAAAUAAAAACUAUGAAAUUUUCUUUUACAUGUUUGUACAUAUUAUCAAAUGUAAAUAACAAUCAGAUCCUGUAAAUGAAUCUUUGUAAAUUGAAAUGCAAUUUGUUUGU